CAGAAGGUGGCGGUAAUGCACCUAAAGGCUGUUUGCCAACCGCCAUUAAACGGCGUAGAAGAAGAAGAGCAGCAGUGUUUGUUUUUGUCUCGUUGGCUCUAAAUUUCCAUCAAACUUUAACAGAAACUUCUGUUAAAACACCGGAAUCAGAAGAUUUCAGCGGAUUUUCCUCCGGGAGAGAACCGGGACUGUUCAGCGGGACACGAGAAACCAGUUCAGAGAUUCCAGUGGAGACCGGUCUGUCAGCAUGGACGCCCAGCAAGGAGCUCAGGGACUCUCUGGUGGACAUGUACACAGCUAAUCCCAGAGUGAACGUGGAGCUGCGACAGCGUCUGCCUUCACCUGCAGCACAGCAGCUCAGCAGCCCCGACAGAUCUGGGAUCAGCCUGAGUCUGGACCACGCUGACCGGCCUCAGGCCCCUCAGUACCUCCAGGAGCCUCCAACCUCCUGCCCCCCCUCCCCUCUGUCCCACAGGAGGUCCGUGUCUCCUGUCUCUCCGUGGUCCUCCAGACCUCCAGGAGGUGCAGGGGAGAUGGAGAUGAACCUGUCCACCAGCCGAGGCCCUUCUCCUCGGACAGAGAGUUGUGGAGACGGCCCUGAUGGAGGAAGAGCAUCCAGAGGUCCUGGUAGUCCCGCCUUCAGAAGACACCUGGUCAGCACUGACGACAGCUCUCAUCAGGAAGUCAUGUUCGGUCCGAACACGGCCUCUGGGCGAGUUCAGACCUUUGAUCGAGACAAAAACAUCUCGUUUUUACUGAAGGAGCUUGACGCUCUGAGAGACAUCAACAAGAAGCUGCAGGAUCAGCUGGUCCAGAAGGAGAAUGAGCUGCAGAGGAGGGAGGUGGAGGAGGAGCUGAGGGAGGAGCAGAGGGAGGCCCGAGGCUGGGAGAGACCUGCAGCGGUGUUGGAGGAGGUGUUAGCUGCUCAAAAGGACAGAGAUCAGGCUCUGAUGUCACGACUCCUGCUGGCCAAUGAGGAGAGAGACGAGGCUCUGCUUCGUGCACGGCAACUGCAGCAGGCCGCCGAGUUGGACAAUAUUCCCCUCGAGGACACCGACAUGGACGUUGACAGGCUCCUUCAGUGUGUUUGUGACGCUGACUCCGUCCAGGAAGUCGAACAGUUCGGUUCAGUUCUGGUUCAGCGUUUGCGGUUGGCGAGGCAACGGAGAAAUGACAUCACCGCUCAGGAGAUGAAGGCUGUGAUGGAGGACAGAGACGGCUCUGUCGCCAAGUGUAAACGGUUGGAACAGGAUCUGAUUCAGGAGAGAGAGCAGAGGACGAGCGAGGAGGAGCUGCUGAGGCUUCAGAGAGAGAAAGGCAGAGCUCUGGAGGACCGACGACGCCUGGAGGCGGAGCUACAGGUGCUACGAGCCACUCACAGCUCUCAGGACCUCCUCACCCCUCCUCCCUCGUUGCCAAGUGACGGCGUCUCUCCAGCAGGUUCGUUGGCGGCAGCUCAUCAGGCUCCGCCCCCACAGGCCCCAUCCCUGCUGGUCCAGUUUCAGCAGCUGUCAAAGGAGAAGCAGAGCGUGGAGGCGGAGCUUCAACGCUGUCAGGAGGCGGAGCGAGAGGCCAGCGAGAGAGUCCGCAGGUUGGAGCGUCUGGUUGAGGUUUUGAGGAAGAAAGUUGGGACAGGAAGUCUCCGAGCCGUCAUCUAAUCUCCUAAAUGUUCUAUUUUAAUUCUUUUUAUAAAGUUAUUAUUUUAUCUAUUUUCUUCCUUCAGGUUUUUGUUUAGUAAGAAGUUCUGCAGCUCUCUUAUUAUUACUGUUUAUAUGCAGUUUUAUUAUGUAUUUCAUAUUCAUAUUAUGAACCUACAGAUGUUUCUCUUUUUCAAUGUUUUUGUUUUUUUUUCCUCGUUUAGUAUCUUAAAAUUAUUAUAAAACCAAAAAAACUUCUUUGCAGUUAUAAAGUUUUUGUUUUUCAGUAAAUGUUUGUGUUCAGAUGUGAUUAUGAAAUAUUACUAAUAAGAUAUUUCAACUGACAGUAUAAUCAGCUGUUUGUUGUAACGGAAGAGAUUUGAUUUGUUUUUCUGCUUUAUUUUUAAUAUCAUCUGUACUUUUAUCAUACUUUAUAAUAAAUAUGAGUGUAUUCA